UCGUCAUUGCUUACAUAACUUGCUGUUUUUGUUGUUAUUGCAAAUUUUUACAUAUAACAACUCUCCCAGUAUGAUUACUGCAUCGCCUUUGUGAACAUGUUGAUUAAUACAUCUUUUUCUCGCACAAAAUGAGCAUUUUCGCCAUAAUUUUGGCCAUUUUGGCCCUUUUAAUCGCUCUCCUUUAUAUUCUCGAGGAGAGAACUCGACGCCAGUUUGAGUCGAAGGGGGUCCCUUAUCGCGGUAAUGUGACGUACAGCUUCAUCCUCAACGCUUUUACCGGCGUCAGUUUUAUCCAAAAUUUCACUCGCACGUACAAUCGGUUGAAAUCUCUGAACGCUAAGGUCGCCGGCGGAUCUGAUUUUGGCAUCACCAAACUCCUCAUUCUCGACCCAGACAUCAUAAAGUCCGUCUUGGUAAAGGAUUUCGACCACUUUGUCGACCGUGCAGGUCACAUACCAACACCCAAGAACGACUACCUUUUCGCCAAAAUGCUCCUCGUACUAAAGGGCGACCAGUGGAAGGCACUAAGGUCAAAGUUGAGUCCUGCUUUUACAACGGGCAAGAUAAAACGUCUCUUCGCUCUAUUUGACCAAAGUGGGAAAAAGCUGGUCAAGUUUAUCGAGGACGAAACGACAACAACGAAUGAGAUGGACUUGUCCACCGGCUACUCAAAAUUCGCCAUGGACGUGAUUGCCUCCGCAGUUUGUAGCAUGAAUUCGAAAGCCUUUGAAGAGAAGGAUCCCUCCGUGUUUGAAAAGAUGGGGGACAAAUUGAGGCUGAGGUUCGGGGCGAAGGAUAUGAUCCACAUGUUGGUGAUAGUGCUUGCCCCCAAGCUGGCAAACUUGCUGGGUUUCUCUAUUUUUGACAUGGAAAUGCAAGACUUUUUCUCCUCCGCGAUAAAAGGUUCGAUUCAUGACCGUCAAGAGAAGAACGAGAAGAGGAACGAUUUCAUUCAGUUGAUGUUGGAGGCGAGGGAGGACAAGUUGAAGGCGGAGGAGGGUGAAUUGUCCACUUUUGAGAAGGAUGCCGAAAUCAAGAGCGUCGGCAAAGCUUCUACUUCCGGCGACAUGCUGGAUGACACCGGGAUCGUGGCGAAUUGCGUGCUCUUUGUCCUCGCUGGAUUCGACACGACGCAAUCUCUUCUGCUGUUCUGCGCGUAUGCACUCGCGUUAAAUCAAGAUGUCCAGGACAAGUUGAGGGAGGAAGUGGAAACCGUAUUGGAAGAUAAUGGGGGCGAAUUUAGCUACGAGUCGAUUCACAAAAUGACUUAUCUGGAUAUGGUUAUCAGUGAAACGCUGCGAGUCUACCCACCUGCGGGUAUAACAGAAAGAACGUCGACGCAAGAUUACCAAGUGCCUGGGACUGACUACGUCCUCAAAAAAGGGGGUUCCAUUCAAGUUAACAUUGCUGGACUUCAUCAAGACCCAGAAUAUUUCCCAGAACCUGAAAAAUUUGACCCGGAGAGAUUUUCGAUGGAGAAUAAGGCCAAGAUCAACCAGUAUGCGUACCUCCCGUUUGGCGCUGGACCCAGAAAUUGCAUCGGGAUGAGAUUUGCUCUGACAGAAGUGAAAGUCGCAAUUUCCCAUUUGGUCCAUAAUUUCAGAAUCGAACCUUCACAGAAAACGCUGAUCCCGAUGAAAUAUACGAAUGAAAACUCACUCAAACCGAAGGGUGGAAUGUUUCUUGCCCUCAAUAAAAUUCAACAUUAGCUGAUUCUGAUAACAAAUUUGUCGAAUUUUAAACAAUUCUGUUAUAUAAUCAAAAAAACAUGCCAGUUGCGCUUUAACAGGCUUUAGUAUUAAUACCAGGCCUAUCCUCAAGUCAAAUAAUCACUUGAAAGUUAAUAUCCUCGUCAUUUGAAUUAAUUUAGCCUCACUUUAAUUAUUUAUACGCUUGGAUUCUAUGACUUUGACUUUGACAAUCAAUAUAAUGACUCAGAAGCCGGUGUCUAUUAUUCAUUCAUAGUACAUACUAAAACCCGGCACAAUAAUGUAUUCUCAAAGUAAAUUAAUAGUCAUUACAACAAUCUUUCACACUGCUGUAAAGUCAUUUUUUGUGCUACACAAUAACCUUCAUCCAAGAUUUUUCAUGCAAAAAACAAUUGACAAUACCUCGCUGAUUACUUGUUAACAUACAUUUAUGUAAUGUAAUGUAUUGAUAUGUCCCAUAAUAUUUCAUGUACUACGCAUCUGCCCAUUCACCCCCAGAUAAGUAUUACGUACUUAAGCACUUAUAAUAAUUAUAACUUUUUCCUUAACAAACAGAUAUUCAAUCGGUUUAAAUAAAUACAUACAUACAUACGUAAAA